ACAAUCGCCACCAGCAGCUGGCAGCGCAGCGUCAACAGCAGCAGUUGCUGCAGCAGCAACGGGAGUUGCAGGAGCACGAGCAGCAACAGCAGCAGCAACAGCAACAACAACAGCAGCAGCUACAAGUGCUGCUACCGAAGAACCCGGUGCUGCAGCGAACUGCACCAGGGGUACAACAGCAAUUUGCAGAGAAUGCGUAUUCGGAGGAGGGCCUUCUUGCUGCUGCUGCUGCCUUGGAGGGGGCCCCCCACGCAAACGGAAAGUUAUUCCGUACUCAAGGGGUUUGGGGAUCUGUGGGGGGUCCCCCCCACAGGGGGGGCCCCCCAGAACUGAAGGGGGUAGUACCCAAUUCUUGCACUUCAGAAGACCUCUCGGGGCCCUCUCCUACUUCUACCUUAACUCCCUCCUGUUCCUCAGUUAGUGCAAAGAGUCCAGCUAGCCCUGAUCAGUGUUCGCGUGAGGGUUUAGAUACAUUAUGGGGUUCAGGGGGAGUUCAAGGGGCCCCCCAUAACGGGGGAGCCCCCCCACACAGCGGGGGGGCCCCAGGGGGCCCUUCUUUUAGUCAGGGGGAGGACUUGGCAAGAACCCUCUUGUCGCAAAAGCGGCCAAAGCCCUUGACAAGCUUGCCUAAAGAAUUGAUAAGCUGCCCAGUGAAUACUGGUGCUGCUGUUGGCAACAGCAGCAACAACAACAGCAGCAGCAGCAGCAGCAGCAGUAUCAGCAGCAUCAGCAGCAACAGCGUCGGCAGCAACAGCAGCAGCAGCAGCACUAAUAAUAAUAAUGUUAGUAAUAAUACUAAGCAGACGUCCCCUACAGGAGGGCGUAAUGGGACAAAGGGGAGCAGCGGGGGUCUUAUAGACUUAGGUCUUAAUGCCGAUAUAUUACAGUCAUUGCUAAGUAUGGGGGUACCUCAGGGGGGGGGCCCCUCAUGUAGUGAUGGCUGGCCUGCAGGGGGCCCCUUGGGCCGCAAAGCCGCCUCAAGGGCGGGGGCCCCCUGGGCACUCCUUGCCGCUGCUCCUCCAGUUACCCCUACUACAAGUGACAUGCGUAGGAGUAGCUGUGAGGAAGGAGCCGAUGAUGAGCUGCUGCAGCAGAAGCAGCAGCAGCAACAACAACAGCAACAGCAACAGAAACUGCAAAAAGCUGCUAUGCUUCCUCUUGAUUUGCUACAGCAACUGGGACAGCGUGCCCAAGUUGCUGAGGAGACGAAGCAUCAGCAGCAGCAGAAGCAGGACCAUGAUCAUCAGCAGCAGCAGCAGCACGAUGAGAGAAGGGAGCAACAGCAACAGCAGCAGCAGCAACAGCAGCAGCAACACGAUGCUCUCAAGCUGCUAGAAGCAGCUGCAGCAGCAAAGCUGCAGCGACCCUGUACAUCAGAGGAAUUAACACUUAUGUUCAAGGAGGCCCCUAUUAAGGGGCACAAAGAGGGGCCCCUUAAGGGAAUAGGGGAUAAUGGUCUUACCCAAGAGACAGGAGGGGGGACGACAGCAGCAGCAGCAGAGGAGUUGGAGGAUUUAAUCUUCCAGUCUCGUAGGAGUACAACAGGGGAAGACGACGCCCUCAGCAGCAGCAGCAACAGCAGCAGCAGCAGUAGCAGCAAUUGCGGAGGAGGAGGAGGGGCCUCCUUUCUUUCCUUUGGCCGUCUAUAA